GUCACCUGGUCGGGGUCAGUGGGCGGAGUCGAGCCUUUGAUUAAAAGAGCGCGGCACGGCCGCGGCGCAUUAGUCCGGAGCGUCGCAGACCAAACACGGAUUCGGCCAUGGUGAUCUUUGGCGGUUACUUCCCGUUACCGCUCAUAGCCAUCGUCGCGGCGAUGCCCGAGCCGAUGCCCGACGACGUUUCGCCGGAGGAGCCCUUCCUCUUCGGUUGGCCCGCCGCGCCUUCGGACGGACUUUUCUACCCGGAAAACGCCACCUUUCCCACGGCCGGCGACGUGGACGCUCGCUGCCGGGAGUUGACGCUAGCGGGGACGUCUUCGGAGGACACGCCCUGGUUCUGUCGCUGCGUCGACGGCGGCGGGGCGAAAGGCGACCGCGGGGACCGCGGGCCGCCGGGUCGUCCGGGAAGUCCGGGAAGACGUGGCUUGACGGGAUUCCGGGGUCCUCCCGGCUUCGCGGGAAGAAAGGGAAUCAAAGGACAAAAAGGUGACGAGGGAGUUCGUGGACGCCAAGGGGACCGAGGUUUCGUGGGAGCCAAAGGAGACCGAGGAUUCAAAGGUGAGAAAGGAGAGCCAGGUUUCGAAGGGCUCCCGGGCGAGCCGGGACCCAAGGGCGACGACGGCGUCUGUCCGGAAGUCUGCGACGCCCCCCCAGGUGACCCGGGACCGCCGGGCGCCGCCGGGCCCAGAGGCCCGCCGGGAGCGGCCGGACCGCCGGGCUCCCGCGGUCUCAAGGGGGACGCGGGUGCUCCCGGACUGCCCGGCGGGGCGGGCCCCAAAGGAGAGACCGGCCCACAGGGGGAGUGCGAUUGCGCGGACGGCGCCAAAGGGGACCGGGGCCAGACGGGGCCUCCGGGACAAAGGGGCGAACCGGGAGAUAAAGGCGAGCCGGGGUACGCGGGCUUUCCGGGCCUGCCGGGUCCCUGCGUGCCGAGCGUGCGGUCGGCCUUCGCCGCCGGGCUGGCCUCCAGCUACCCUCCGCCGCGGAUGCCGGUGGCCUUCGCCGAGGUGCUCUACAACGUCCAGGGGAGUUACGACCCCGCCACCGGCAUCUACGCGGCGCCCGCCAACGGCACGUACGUCUUCAGCUACCACUUGAGCGUCCGCGGGCGCGUCCUGAAGGUUGGGUUCUUUCGCAACUUCCGUUCUGUGGUCAAGACCACCCACCCCGACGCGUCGGGGACCGCCACUCACUCGCUGGUCCUGCACCUGGUCCGGGGCGACCGCGUCUGGCUCCUGGUCAAGGACGAGCUGUCCAACGGCAUGUACGCCGGCGGCGAGGAGGCCAGCACUUUCUCGGGCUUCCUGCUCUAUCCCGACGACUGUAACCUGGCCUUCCUCAGGGGCCCCGCGCCCGAGCCCGUUCCGCCCCCGUCCGGCUAUAGCUGGGGCGACGAAAGCCCGCCCGAUUCAUCGCCUUGAAAAACGAGUUGAAGUUCAAUAUGAAGAAUUUUUGAAAAGAUCCACUUCUAGAGUUCUAUCGAGGUCCAAAAACGGUUCAUUCCUCAUGGUAGUGUCCCAAAAUCAACAAGAAGUCACCUAGAUAUUCAACGUAAUUAAGCGGAAGUUACCCGAGAUACUAGGAUGUGACCCAAAAUAAACAGGAAGUAACAAAAAUGAACCGGAAGUGACCCUGAAAUGCCCAAAAAUCAAGUGAACGUCACUAGGGCCGGCCCAGCCUAUAUGCAGAAUAUGCAGCUGCAUAGGGCCCCUGACCACCAGGGGGCCCCCAAUCUGGCAAUUGUUUAAUUUGUGUUCUAUUUUGUUUACUACAGUUUGCUUUAUUUGACUUGUGAGUUUUGAGACUUGAUUACAAGCUUAAAAAAAAUAAAAGUUCUUCCUUAACUUUUUUCUUUCCUCUUUUAGAAAAAGGUUUGGUGCUAUCUACUGUAAGUACUGACAAUCAUUUGGGGUGAGAAGUUUGAAGUAUGCAGUGCAACAAAAUCUGAUUAAGAUACAAAAUAUGGACGUAGGGGUUGGAUUGCAUGUAUGGGUUUCACAGUACACUGUGACGAAAUGGUGGGCCAAAAAUAUGGGGCCCUUUGCAUUAUUUAGCUUAGGGCCCCCAAAUGGCCUGGGCCGGCCCUGUACGUCACCCAAGACACCAGGAAGCCACCCAAAUUAAACAGGACGUGACCCAAAAUGAAGAGGAAGUGAGACAUAUGCCCACAGAACAACAAGCAAUGACCUAAGAUUAACAGAAAGUGACUUGAAAAUGCACCAGAUCACCAAGAAGUGACCCAAAAUAAACAGGAAGUUUACAGACAAGAGUAUUUCCUCAAAAAUGGCAUUUUCAAGUUUUUCAAAGAAGGCGUGGAAAUAACAGGCCCAAAAACAUUCAAAUUGAUCAAUGAAACCAAAUGAUUUUUUUCCCCCAAGUUUUAUUUAUGGUGAGAAAAUCAGCAAACCUAGCUCACGCUGUUUUUCAAAGUAAAAGCAAUCCCGACAAACCAUUUUGAGCAACGGUGAAUAUCAACAAACCUUUUUCUGAGUCGCUGGAGUUUAGUGACAAGUAACUACAUUGAAGUGAUUCGAGCUUUAGCCUAUGCUUUUCAAGCUGCCAAUCAAGCGGGAUGGCCCUAUCCGGCCCCUUUAAGCGUCGUCCUCCUCCUCCUCGUCGUCGUCUCCGAUGACCCCGCGGAGAUAAGCGCGUUUGAAAUCCUGGAAGGUGAUGUCGUCGCACUCGCUCUCUUCCUUGGCUAAAAACGCAAGCAAAAAGUCACCGGACAAAUCGGCAGCAGCUUUCAAUGACAGACGUCGCCAGGAGAGGGCGCUGAAUCGACAAUUUGACAUCGAACAGAUAACGUAUUAGCGCCACACUAACAAAAAAGCAGCCAAACAAGAAUAAAGUUCUCAUUAAUACAAUUUUUUGGGGCUCCCGAUUUCGACACCUGGCUGUGUACA